GAGACUUCGAUAUAAACUCUAUGAUAUAUGUUCAUGGUGCAAGCGGAGAACGAUUUGUCUCUAAUCGGUAAGGGAAAACUAGAGAGAGCGGUUGCUCGGCGUCAGAUCGCUGCGUUUAUUAAUCGAGAAAAAAACCUGAAAAAACCUAUUCUCAUGAAAAUUUAUCAGGAGAUGGAAGGAGGGGGACAAAAAUUACCCCCCGACACAGAUAUAUCCAUUUCCCGUGUCUACCUUGACACAAUCGAUACGUUUCCCAAAGCAUUUCUGUCCUCGCACAUACAUGACGCGCACACAUGGCCACCGCUCCCCACGUGCGCGUGUGUGCGUGUGUGUGCGUGUGAGCGAAAUGCGGUAAUCGCGCAGGCUAUGAUUCGCGAUAAAUGAAAAUAUCGGGGAAAUGCGACGAUAAGGGAGAAAUUUGUGCGCGCGUCAGCUGUCUCAUAAGUCACCUCGGACAUGACAGAUCGCUCCGGGAGGAGAGGCUGUCAAGGGCCCGUGUGGCCCUCGCGAUACCAUACUGGCUGCGUAUAGGAAUGUGGCAUUUCAAAAUGGCUGCCACGGCUAUUCUAGUAAUUUACAGUCUCGGUAAUCCGCCUUUGUUGUCGCGUGUGUGAACCGUGCGAAUUCUCGCCAAGAGGCGGCCCCGGCGCGAGGAACUCCGAAGUCGGAGUGACCGAUGCGAUACGUACGCAUGCGGACACGAUACGUACACGCGUGUGUGUUGUGUGUGUAUGUGUGUGUAUGUGUACGUGCAUCCGUUCAUCUGUCUCUGCUCUAGCUCGACGAUCCGCUGUCUCGCGAGAGGUGUGCACCGAGUGAUUUAGGGUGAAUCUCGCGCGCAUCGCUGACGUUUGGGCCGUCCUGUCACCUCGCCUCGCGCGCUCGGCUCGCCAGAGGCAGCGGCGAGGAACGCUGGGAAGCGAGCCAGGGGAAUAAUAUGCUCGGGACGGCUGCUGUCGUCUGUCACCCCAUCGGAAGAAGCCUGUCCCGCGGGAUCUCGGCUCGUACGUUUGUUGUCACGUUGUAACGUCUCAGGUGCGUUGACAUUUAAGCUUGUCACCUGUUUACCGUCGUCCUUAGAAUUCUCCCGAAGGGUUUAGCAAUAUGCCUGGAGAUAGGUUAGCCACUUAUCAAUCGCGUGCUACGAGGAUGCCGAGAAGCGACUAUGCGAAAUAUGCCUAGUGUGCCUGCCGAGUCUCUGCCAAUCUCAUCGAGCGAGGUUGUUUUUCAAGACGGCGUGAGGAAUAGCUCCUUGCGUUUUUUUAUCUACGUUUUUCUAACUAAUAUAUCUUCUUGUUAUUGUGUACGUCAUUUGAGCGACAGGAGUCACCCCCGAGCUCUUUUGAGCGUGUUUUGAAUUCGACUAGCUGUCCUGACUAGAGAGCUGUCACCAAUCAUGACGCUAGAAAGUAUCCGCAACAGGACAAAUUAGCAGUGGAUCUGGUAUUCUAUACAUUUAUAUAUGCCACAACCAGAUUAAAGCUAGGUCCUAAAGGGCCUAGCAUGGGCCACUAUGAAUCCACCUGCGGUCAACAAAUCGAGCACUCGCGGCUCUGGAUACCACCAAAAGGCAUUAGCUGAGAUUCGCAAUUCGCUACUACCAUUUGCGAAUAUUGGCGGGGUUGGAGAGGUGGGUUCCAGUGCUGCUAGCACUAUCUCUACUGUAUCUACGACCAGUGGUAUUAGCUCCGCCUCGGGUCUUAGUGGGCUAUCCGGUGCUUCUGGUUCCACUGUCGAUAAACCGGAUCAGCGACAGGCAUUGGGACAAUUAUUAGCCAUGGGAUAUUCAGAGGAUAUAGGUUUACGCGCCAUGAAGUUCGCAGGAUGGCGAUUAGACGCAGCGAUAGAAUACUUGAAACAAACUCAGGGGGAAUCUCUGAACGGGCUCGGUAAACUCAAUAGCAAACUCAUUAGGAAACCGAGUCUCGAGAGAGAUUUGGGCUUGCAACGCGGCAGUCCCGCAUUGGACAGUGGAGCGGGUAGCUCGCGAUCCGAUAGUCCACGCCUCACAGAACUUAGCACGCAUCAACAGUUAAGCCGCCAAUACUCGCCUAAUAACUUUGUGGAACGGGAACCACCGCCUCCUCCGCCGCCUCGAUGCAGUUCCACGCCACCACCACCACCGCCGCCUCACGCGCCAUAUAAUCAGCCUAAUGUGCCUACCAACAUGCAACAAAUGCUCAAGCGAAUGUCCCCAGCGCCAGUCGUGCCGACAAGACCGACAGUGACGACGUCCAACUCGGUUGGUGCUACAUCAACCUCAGUAAAUCCGCCGCAGCGCGGUACUAGUCCGGUGGCGAGCGUUAAUAAUUCUGGCAGUCGUCAGCCAAUGAUUGUGCAAAAUGGUCCUCAAGUACAACAGCAAUUAACGCAGCAGAUGCAGGCCCUCAGCAUUUAUCAGACGAGCAAUAGCAACACGAGUAUUCAGAUUGAACCUCCGCCACCUUAUCCCAUAGUUCCAUCCUCAUCCGCUGGUCAAGCAGUGCAGCCGCCCUCUUAUAGUGUCUCUAUGCAGAAUCGGCAAAGUCCCACACAGUCGCAGCAAGAUUACCGUAAGAGCCCGUCGUCAGGCAUCUAUUCAGGUCCGACGUCGGCUGGUACGCCCAGUCCUAUCACCGUGUCCACGAUAUCGCCUAGUAGCACGCAGACGUCAAUGGCACGACCGACGCCGUUGCAAGCGUGGGGCGCGCGGCAAGCUAAAACACAACCGCCGAUCAUCAUGCAAUCAGUGAAAAGUACGCAAGUGCAGAAACCUGUGUUGCAGACUGCUAUUGCUCCCACAGCGCCGCAGCCGAUUUCUACUACCAACAAUACACCACCACCGCCUCCUUCUUACGCUUCGUCCAUUCAACAGAAACAACAGCAACAACCACUGCCUGCAUAUCCACCCAUGAACAAUGUGGCCACACCGUCCACUAAUAUACCGACAACAGAACCUCCAAGUUAUGCAACGACGAUGCAGGCAUUAGCGGCACAACGCGGUAUACAUCAUCCAUUGCCGCCGCCACCUUACAGCACUCCCACUGAAGAUACAUCGAUUAUGUCUUCUACGAUAGAGAGCAACAGUGGGCCGCGAUCAUCCCCAAUUGCUCAUCAUCCACCACUUCAAAGGAAAUACUCGCCAGUCGACAACUGUCAACACACGAUGGAUGCACCAUCUCUACCGCCAAUUGCCUCGACCUCAAUGUCUGUAAGGAAUAACAAUAAUCAUUCAUCCUUGCCCGAAGGUACCGCCACCGUUGGUAUCAAAGGUAGUGGCAACACCAAAAGCGAUCACAGCGGUAAAAUCAAGCAUCAAUCUCCUAUACCCGAGCGCAAAACCAUGAGCAUAGAGAAGGAAGAAGAACGCAGGGAUUGCAAAGUAAGAAAUUAUUCUCCUCAGGCUUUCAAGUUUUUCAUGGAACAGCAUAUAGAAAAUAUUCUCAAAUCGCAUAAACAACGUCUCUAUCGACGUAUGCAGUUAGAAACGGAGAUGGCGAAAAUCGGCCUGAGUGCGGAAGCACAGUGCAUGAUGAGGAAGAUGUUGUCGCAGAAAGAAUCUAAUUAUAUCAGAUUAAAACGGGCGAAAAUGGAUAAGUCAAUGUUCACCAAGAUCAAACCAAUCGGUGUCGGCGCAUUCGGUGAAGUCACGCUCGUUAGGAAGCUCGAUACCAAUCAGUUCUACGCAAUGAAAACCUUGCGUAAAGCCGACGUGUUGAAUCGCAAUCAAGUUGCUCACGUGAAAGCCGAGCGUGAUAUAUUGGCAGAAGCUGACAAUGAAUGGGUCGUCAAACUCUAUUACUCGUUUCAGGAUAAAGAUAAUCUGUACUUUGUGAUGGAUUACAUACCCGGUGGAGACUUGAUGUCGCUAUUGAUUAAACUCGGCAUCUUCAAGGAACCAUUAGCAAGAUUCUACAUCGCCGAACUCACAUGUGCGGUUGAAAGCGUUCACAAAAUGGGAUUUAUUCACAGAGACAUUAAGCCAGACAACAUCUUAAUUGAUCGUGACGGACAUAUCAAACUGACCGAUUUCGGCCUCUGCACGGGAUUCCGUUGGACUCACAAUUCUAAAUAUUAUCAACAAAACGGUCAUGGUAAGCAAGAUUCGAUGGAUCCAGCUGACGAUUGGAAUAACGAAUGUCAGUGCAUACAAUUGAAGCCAUUAGAACGUAGACGACAUAGAGAACAUCAAAGGUGUUUGGCGCAUUCUCUGGUUGGAACACCAAAUUAUAUCGCACCGGAGGUUUUACAACGUACAGGAUAUACCCAGUUAUGCGAUUGGUGGAGUGUAGGAGUAAUUUUGUAUGAAAUGUUGGUCGGUUCUCCACCAUUUCUUGCCAAUACGCCCGCUGAAACUCAAUAUAAGGUCAUUAAUUGGGAAACGACGCUUCAUAUACCGAAACAGGCCAAUCUAUCGCCAGAAAGUAUGGAUUUAAUAUUAAAACUCUGUGUUGGUGCCGAUCGUCGGUUAGGUAAAAACGCGAAUGAAGUUAAAAAUCAUCCGUUCUUCGCAAAUAUUGACUUCGAGAAGGGAUUACGACGCCAAAUGGCACCACAUAUACCUCGUAUAGAAUAUCCAACUGACACGAGUAAUUUUGAUCCCGUUGACCCCGAAAAGUUGCGCAACUCAGAGUCAUCGGAUUCAAACAAAUCAGAUGAGUUAUUGGACAAUGGGAGGCCAUUUCACGGUUUCUUCGAGUUCACAUUCAGACGUUUUUUCGAUGAUGGUGGUGGUCCUGCGUAUCCUAGUCGAAUCAGUUUGGACGACAACGAUAAUCAAGGUCCUGUUUACGUAUGACAUUAGGCUAAGCUUAUGAUUUAUGAGCACUCUGCUGCCUAUUAUUUUCUUCGUUUAAUAUUUCUCUACCGUCAUUUUUUUUCCGUUCGACAUUUUAUGAUUCAAGAUAAUUUUUCGUUUUAUUUUUUCUUUUAGACAUAUUUUUAUUAUA